CGCCACAUCACGAGCACCUCCUCUACCGAGCCGGACAGGCUUUAAAUACUUCCUUUCACCCGUUUUUCGGUCUUCUCUGUCAGUGUAGUUGCUGUUAGGAGGUUGCAGAAGCUGUCUGCCACGUCGUUUGUCGUUGCUGAUUAACAAAAACUCUCAAGAUGACUCAUCAGUUCCCAUCUCUUUCUCCGGAGCAGAAGAAGGAGCUCUCUGACAUUGCUCAGAGGAUCGUGGCUCCAGGAAAGGGAAUCCUGGCUGCAGAUGAAUCAACAGGCACCAUGGGGAAGCGGCUCCAGAAAAUCAACGUGGAGAACACAGAGGAGAACCGCCGCUGCUUCCGUGACAUCCUUUUCUCCGCUGAUGCCUCCAUCUCAAACAGUGUGGGCGGCAUCAUCUUCUUCCAUGAGACGCUCUACCAGAAGUCAGACAGUGGCAAGCUGUUCCCCCAGCUCGUCAAGGAAAAGGGCAUUGUUGUUGGCAUCAAGGUGGACAAAGGCACAGCUGGUCUGAUGGGAACAGAUGGAGAGACCACCACACAAGGUCUUGAUGGCCUCUCUGAGCGCUGUGCCCAGUACAAAAAGGAUGGCUGUGACUUUGCUAAGUGGAGGUGUGUGCUCAAGAUCUCAGAUGGCUGCCCAUCAGCUCUUGCCAUUGCAGAAAACGCCAAUGUCCUUGCCAGAUAUGCCAGUAUCUGCCAACAGAAUGGCCUGGUGCCCAUUGUGGAGCCAGAGAUCCUGCCUGAUGGAGACCACGACCUUCAGCGGUGCCAGUACAUCACAGAAAAGGUCCUGGCUGCUGUGUACAAGGCUUUGUCUGACCACCACGUGUACCUGGAGGGCACGCUGCUGAAGCCCAACAUGGUCACUGCUGGACACUCCUGCACUAAGAAGUACACACCUCAGGAGGUUGCUAUGGCUACAGUGACCGCUCUGAGGCGCACUGUGCCUGCUGCAGUGCCUGGCAUCUGCUUCCUGUCCGGAGGCCAGAGUGAAGAGGAGGCCUCCGUCAACCUGAACGCCAUCAACCAGGUGCCCCUCCAUCGCCCCUGGAAGCUGACCUUCUCUUACGGCCGUGCACUCCAGGCCUCCGCUCUUGCAACCUGGAAGGGCAAAGCUGAAAACAAGGCAGCCACACAGGAAGCUUUCUGCACCAGGGCCAAGAUCAAUGGCCUGGCUUCCAAAGGAGAGUACAAGCCCACCUGUGCAACUGACAAGGCCUCCAUGCAGUCUCUGUACACUGCCAGCUACGUAUAUUAAAUACUGUGAACACUAAACCAAGAAAAAAAUGCACAUGGACCAAAUAGAACUACAAGAAAAUCUCCUGCUGGGUGUCCCUCCUCCCUGCACUACCAACACCAGGGGGAGACUUCUGUCAAAACGUUAAACUACUGUUUGUCUACUUAAUGAAAUCACCUGAAAUAAAAGACUCAAAUGUU